GGCCUGCACCGACACUAACGCGGCGUGACUUCCGGGUGCAUUCGGGCUGGUCUCGGUGUGCCAGGACCGCGGAGUGAGCGGCUCCGUGGGGCCAUGAUGACGACUCGCCUCUGGAGGUUAGUGAAGUUACUCGCCGUCACGGCCGCGCUCGUGCUGUCUGCUCACGUCCUACUGAGUCGAGUGAGGCCAAAGCCAAGUCCCCUUUCUGCGGGGGAAUACCGACUCAUAGCCCCUGAAACGUACGAGUAUGUCCUCAACCAGCCCGCUGCGUGCGGGCACGGAAGCGCAGCCCCUUUCCUGGUCUUAAUGGUCCCAGUUGCCCCCCCGGAGGCCGCGGCGAGGGAGGCCGUCCGGAAAACAUGGGGCGCUCCGGGUCAGGACACCCUCACUCUGUUCUACUUGGGACUCCCCGAGGGGGGGCGGGGCUCGAGGGUCCAGGCCGCGCUGGAGGAGGAGAGCAGGACCCGUGGGGACAUCAUCCAGGUGAACUUCCAGGACAGUUACCAGAACCUGACGAUCAAGACCAUGAUGAUGAUGAACUGGCUGGCCACCCACUGCCCGAACGCCUCCUACGUCAUGAAGGUGGACGCCGACUCCUUCGUGAACAUCUUCUACCUCCUCGGAAGACUCAGGAGCUCCCCCGGGCGGGGCUUCAUCACGGGGUCGGUGAUCAGCGACGGCCGGCCGAGGAGGGACAUGCGCAGCAAGUGGCGCGUGUCGGAGGAGCUUUACCCGGACAGCAGCUUCCCCCCGUACGUGUCCGGGGCCGGGUACGUCUUCUCCGGCGACCUGGCCCCCAGGAUCUCCUGGGCGUCCCGGUUCGUGAAGGUGAUCCCCCUGGAGGACGUCUACGUGGGUCUGUGUCUGCGGGUGCUUGGCGUCCGGCCGGUGUACUCCCUCGGCCUGCCGACCUUCAGGAACCUGUUUGAAGUUCGACAUCUGGAGUACGACAGGUGUGCCUUCGCCCAGCUGGCCCUCGCCAACGGGUUCAAGCCCCGCCAGCUGCUGCACAUGUGGCAGGACUUCUCCAAGGGCCGCAGCAGCUGCAGCUGACACACAGGGCCUCUCAAUGUACACGAGCAAUUAUGAAACGCAUGUUAUAUGAAUGCUGUAAAGGAAGGGAAGCCAUAAGACAGCGGUGUGUACUUUUAGUUAUCAGGGAGUAUUACAAAUAUGUACAGGGGUGUAAAAGAACGUUUUCAAACCAGUUUGUCAAUGAAUCAAUCAGCGACGCUUUGGAAGUGGUUCUCAGCCAUCCUGCUCUUCACAUGUUCAGAUGUCUUUUGUGUGACCCACAUCUUCAGUUUGUGCUCAUCAGACCUGUGGAUGCACAGGUCCAGGUUCACCGCCAUGGUAAAGAAUGUAGCUCUUAAAUAGUUAGACGAUUUGCUGUUUUAUUUUAUUUUUUGUUUUAUAUACAUAUAUAUAUAUACACACACUCUUCUGGCAGAGUGACGAUGAGCUGACUAAAACUAAACUGUUCAUACUGUUGUCUAUGAAAUGUCAGGAAGCAGUGAAACGUAUCAUCAAAGACCUCACACCUCCUGCAACUGAAUACCUAUGAGACCAAAGGUUUGGGAAUUAGUCUCAUAAUCAUAAUAGUCGUUUUCUUUUUGACUUAUUUGUUUGGUCUUUGGGCUAAUCAAUCGGGUGUUUCAGCUCGAAUUGUUAAUGAAGGUAUAGCUGUUAGAGAAAGUCUGUCUCAG